AUGCUGCCCACUCCCUUCUCGGUGAAGGACAUCCUCAACCUGGAGCGGCCGGAGGCUGCCGGGGGCCCCCGCGCCCCCUCCGGACCCCGCCGGGGGGGGGGGGGCGCCGCAGGGAAAUAUUCGCUCACCUCUCCCUUGGAGGGGGAGGAGGAGAAGAAAAGCGCCUCCUGCCCCCCUCCCCGGCCGCGGCAGAGGAGGAAGCCGCGCGUUCUGUUCUCCCAGGCGCAGGUUUUCCAGCUGGAGCAGCGCUUCCAGCGGCAGAAAUACCUGUCGGCGCCGGAGAGGGAGGAGCUGGCGCGGCUGCUCCAGCUCAGCCCCACGCAGGUGAAGAUCUGGUUCCAGAACCGGCGCUACAAGAGCAAGAGGCAGCGGCAGGACAAAUCCCUGGAAUUGCGGAUGCACCCCCUGCAUCCCCCGCGCAGGGUGGCGGUGCCAGUGCUGGUCAGGGAUGGCAAACCCUGCCUGGGGGGUUCCCGGCUUUACCCGGCCUUUGCCAGCCUGGCUGCCGGUCCUUAUUCCUACGGAUCCUGCUACGGCUCCUACGGGGUGGGAUUUGGGGGGGGUUAUCCCGGGGUGCCCCCCGGUGCCACCCCCGGGAGCGUGGGCAUGGCCAGCCCUGCCCAGCUCCAUCCCCCGGCACUGCGGGGGGGACUCAGGGCUGGCAGGUGGAG